AGUGCAACCAGCAGGUGGAGAUGUACCCCUUGCGCACAAGAGCUGGCAACGUCAUAAGUGCUUCAGGAGUGUACGCAACCACAGGCGACUUGUUUGGGUCACCGCUCCGCAGCCGCCAUCUUGUUUCAGCGGUUGAGGUAAAGCUGUGUGCGGUGGUUCUCGGAAGGUCAGAGAGGAGAGACGGAGCGCGGCAGCUACAGGUGUCCACCGAGUAGUCGGCGGGGAAGGAAUAAGACGAAGGUGGCAACCGGUGUGACUUCGGUUGUGUGAGAAGUUGGCGGCAGCGUGACCCGGAGAACCAUCAUUGAUGUCCAGCUUGCCACCGUCCAAGAAACACUGUGUUUCUGGGCCUGCUCCAAAGCCAAACUCUAACUGCUCCUCCUCCUGUUCUGUGAUGUUCAAAAUGCCCUUGGCUCCAACCAACGAAAUGCCAAAAAAGGGCAAUGAGGCAGACAUAGAUGAGGGUCUUUACUCCCGGCAGCUGUACGUUCUGGGUCAUGAAGCAAUGAAGCAUCUCCAGACAUCCAGUGUGCUGGUGUCAGGCCUUCGAGGCCUAGGUGUAGAGAUUGCCAAGAAUAUCAUCCUUGGUGGGGUGAAAGCGGUGACCUUACAUGACCAGGGGACUGCCCAGUGGACUGACCUCUCCUCCCAGUUCUACCUGCGGGAGGAGGACAUUGGUAAAAACCGGGCUGAAGUAUCACAGCCGCGCCUUGCUGAGCUUAACAGCUACGUGCCUGUCAGUACCUACACUGGGGCCCUUGUUGAGGACUUCCUUAGUGGUUUCCAGGUAGUGGUCCUCACUAACACCCCGCUGGAGGACCAGCUGCAGGUCGGUGAGUUCUGUCAUAGCCAUGGAAUCAAGCUGGUGGUGGCAGAUACUCGGGGCCUUUUUGGGCAGCUGUUCUGUGACUUUGGAGAGGAAAUGAUCCUCACAGAUUCCAAUGGGGAGCAGCCCCUCAGUGCUAUGGUUUCUAUGGUAACCAGGGAUAAUCCUGGAAUUGUUACCUGUUUGGAUGAGGCCCAGCAUGGGUUCGAGAGUGGUGAUUUUGUCUCCUUCACAGAGGUCCAGGGCAUGAAUGAACUCAAUGGUGCCUAUCCCAUAGAGAUCAAAGUACUGGGUCCCUAUACCUUUAGUAUCUGCGAUACCUCCAGCUUCUCUGACUAUAUCUGUGGCGGCAUUGUCAGUCAGGUCAAAGUGCCUAAGAAGAUCAGCUUUAAACCCUUGCUGGCCUCGUUGGCAGAGCCAGACUUUGUGAUAUCAGACUUUGCCAAGUAUUCGUGCCCUGCUGUGCUGCACAUUGGAUUUCAGGCCCUACACCAGUUCUGGGCUCAGUAUGGCCGGCUUCCUCGGCCCCGCAAUGAGGAGGAUGCAACAGAACUAGUGAGCCUAGCACAGGCUGUGAAUACUCGAGCUCUGCCAGCAGUGCAGCAGGACAACCUGGAUGAAGACCUUAUCCGGAAGCUGGCUUAUGUGGCUGCUGGGGACCUGGCACCCAUAAAUGCCUUCAUUGGGGGUCUGGCUGCACAGGAGGUUAUGAAGGCAUGCUCUGGGAAGUUUAUGCCUGUAAUGCAGUGGCUGUACUUUGAUGCCCUUGAGUGUCUCCCGGAGGACAAAGAGGCCCUCACAGAAGACAAGUGCCUCCCGUGCCAGAACCGCUACGAUGGGCAGGUGGCUGUUUUUGGCUCAGACCUUCAAGAGAAGCUAGGCAACCAGAAGUAUUUCUUGGUGGGUGCAGGUGCCAUUGGCUGUGAGCUGCUCAAGAACUUUGCCAUGAUUGGGCUAGGCUGUGGAGAACAUGGAGAAGUCACCAUUACAGACAUGGACACUAUUGAGAAAUCCAAUCUGAAUCGGCAGUUUUUGUUCCGGCCAUGGGAUAUCACAAAAUUUAAGUCUGACACAGCUGCUACAGCUGUGCGUCAGAUAAAUCCACAUAUCCGGGUUAUGAGCCAUCAGAACCGUGUGGGCCCUGACACAGAGCAUAUCUAUGAUGAUGAUUUCUUCCAGAAUCUGGAUGGUGUGGCCAAUGCCCUGGAUAACGUGGAUACCCGCAUGUACAUGGAUCAACGCUGUGUGUACUACCGUAAGCCACUAGUGGAGUCGGGCACGUUGGGCACUAAAGGAAAUGUGCAAGUGGUUAUCCCCUUUCUGACAGAGUCAUACAGCUCCAGCCGGGACCCUCCUGAGAAGUCCAUCCCCAUCUGCACACUGAAGAACUUUCCCAAUGCCAUUGAGCACACCCUUCAGUGGGCUCGGGACGAGUUUGAAGGCCUCUUCAAGCAGCCAGCUGAAAAUGUCAACCAGUAUCUCACAGACCCCAAGUUUAUGGAACAAACAAUACGAUUGGCAGGCACCCAGCCCCUCGAGGUGCUAGAGGCCCUGCAGCGCAGCCUGGUGCUACAACGGCCACAGAACUGGGUUGACUGUGUUACUUGGGCUUUCCACCAUUGGCACGCCCAGUACUCUGACACCAUUCAGCAGCUGCUGCAUAACUUUCCUGAACAGGUGACAAGCUCUGGAGUUCCAUUCUGGUCUGGUCCCAAACGCUGUCCACACCCUCUAGUCUUUGAUGUCAGCAAUUCCUUGCAUCUGGACUAUGUGAUGGCUGCUGCCAACCUGUUUGCCCAGACUUAUGGGCUGAUGGGCUCUCAGGACCGCGCUGCUGUGGCCAUUCUUCUGCAGUCUGUGCAAAUCCCGGAAUUCACCCCCAAAUCUGGUGUCAAGAUCCAUGUCUCUGACCAGGAAUUCCAAAACACUAGCAGUGCCUCUUUUGAUGAUAGCCGCCUACGGGAGCUCAAGUUGAUGCUGCCCAGCCCAGAGGCUCUCACUGGGUUCAAGAUGUACCCCAUCAACUUUGAGAAGGAUGAUGACAGCAACUCCCAUAUGGAUUUCAUUGUUGCUGCAUCCAACCUCCGGGCAGAGAACUAUAACAUUGCCCCUGCGGACCGGCAUAAGAGUAAACUGAUUGCAGGGAAGAUCAUCCCAGCCAUUGCUACGACUACAGCAGCUAUUGUUGGCCUUGUGUGUCUGGAGAUGUACAAGGUGGUACAGGGACACCAGAAGCUUGAGUCCUAUAAGAACAGCUUCAUCAACUUGGCCGCCCUGCCCUUCUUCAGCUUCUCUGAGCCACUUGCCCCGCUCCGUCAUCAGUACUAUAACCAAGAAUGGACAUUAUGGGAUCGCUUUGAGGUACAGGGACUGCAGCCUAAUGGUGAAGAGAUGACACUCAAGCAGUUCCUCAGCUACUUCAAGACACAGCACAAGUUAGAGAUCACCAUGCUGUCCCAAGGUGUAUGCAUGCUGUACUCCUUUUUCAUGCCAGCCACCAAGCUCAACGAACGCUUGGAUCAGCCGAUGACACAAGUUGUGAGCCGCGUGUCAAAGCAAAAGCUCGGCCACCACGUGCGGACACUGGUGCUUGAGCUGUGCUGCAAUAAGAGUGGUGAGGACAUCGAAGUCCCCUAUGUACGAUACACUAUCCGCUGACUCCUUUAUACAACUCAGUUCCAGCCCUAGUUAAUGUGUUACCAAAUCCUUUCUAGUUGUGGCAAAGUCUAAGCCCAACAAGACCCAUAGCCUUAGUCCCUUUCGAGUUUUUUUCUUUCCUCCUAUU